AAAAAAAAAAAGAAAAGAAAAAAAAAAUUGUAGUUUUGUGUGGUGAACGUCGUUUUCGUUUUAUCAACAACAAUUUAACCCAAAUUAGUCAAAGGGGUCCCUUACAAAAUAAUCCACACGUUCAUACGUUAGAACUAGUGUAACAUCACUAGAUCAAUAGUUGCCGGUUAUAAUAGGUUAUAGGAGUGGUGAAAACUCUUUUACAUCUAUCAACCCUUCAUUUUUCCAGUUUAGUGGUCUUAUUUAGCAGCUGUUUCAGUCUCCUUGUUUAAUUAGUUGUGAAUUAAGAUAGCACCACAACGCCUUUAAAUUUAAGAAGAUCCCAAUCAACACUGUUUAUACACAUUACUAUCUGGUGAAUAUCAAUCAAGAUCAAGAAUAUAGUUUUGAUCAUUUAAGUUCAAUACAUUUUUAGGCUAUCGAUUUCUACGGGUAAUAUAGUAUAUUCCCCUCAAGAGGUAUUAUCAUAUAACUAUAGUAAACAGUUGAAAUCAUGUCAAACAAUCAACCACAUCAGUUCCCUAUAAGAGAGGAAGAAGCAAAGUUUGAUUAUAAGUUGUUUAAUCCAAACGGGAAGUUAUCUGAUUCAUGGUUACAAAAUCAGUAUCAGCGUCUAUCUAUAGAGUCUAACGACCCCCCAAACUCAAGAGAAAAUAGAAAGCGGAUAAGGGCUCCACAAGACUUAUCUCCCACUAAUGACGUAUACGAUAAAGAAAGUACUGAUUCUGGUGAUGAAAUGUUAAUAUCAGAUAAUGACUGUAAUAGUCAAGUGUCAGCUCAAAGUGGAUUUCUUUCAACUACGAUUUCAGCCGCUUCAAGGGAAAAUAGCUUGGCUCAUCCUCCAAAAAGAAGACUAACAGCUUCAACUAUUGGGGAAAUAGUUAACUCUAACCCUUUCCAUAAUCAUCCAGAUCAAACUACCUUAGUGAAUAUUCCCCGCGAAAUGAUACGUCAACCAUCCGAUCAUGCUUUGACUGGUCAGUUACCUCGUACACCUAAUGUAAUGAAUUCUCCUAGUCAUACCCCAGUAUCUGAUUUUGAACCAGAAGAAGAAGAAGAGCAACCUCAACAGUUACCUUUACCAUCCCCAAGUGCAUCCCCAGUUCAAUCCAGUGAAACUAAACUUCCUACCUCUUAUGAUACCAUAGAGAAUCAUCUCUUACAAUUACCAACUAAUCAAGGUGAUCUUAUCAAUACUAUCGUCAAAUUAUCUGGUUAUUUAGUGGAUAGAAAUCAGAAUCAUUUAGUAUAUCGAUUAUUACAAAAUAUUAAUAGAUCAUCAUUAAGUUCAUUUGAUGGUCUUAUCUAUAAAUCUUUGAAAAGAGAUUUGAUAAGUAAUUUCCCUGUGGAACUAACUUUAAAUAUUUUAUCAAAUUUGGAUCAUAAAACCUUAUUAUCAAUGUCAAGAGUUUGUAAAAGUUGGUCUCAAAUUAUUAAUAAUAGUUCCAUAUGGAUAGAUUUACUUAAAAGAGAUAAAUUUAUAACUGAUGAUAAAAUAAUUCAUGAAGAGUUGGCUAACUCUGAACAAUUAACGAAAGAAUGGGGUAGUAGAACCAGUGGUGUUGACAUAAAUGCUGCACAAAUAUUAUAUAAAAAGAGAUAUAUAAUAUUGCAAAGAUGGAUGGAUCCAACUUAUCCUCCAAAAAGAAUCAGUAUUCCGGUUGCUGGUCAAGGUAGUAAAGUUGUAACUUGUUUACAACAUGAUGAUGAUAAGAUUAUUACUGGUGUUGAUGAUAAAUUUAUCAGCAUUUAUAGUACAAAGACUGGUGAGUUAAUACGAGUUUUAGAAGGUCAUGAAGGUGGAGUCUGGGCAUUAAAGUAUACUGGUAAUACUUUGGUAACUGGUUCCACUGAUAGAACAGUCAGAAUUUGGAAUAUUAAAACUGGUAAAUGUACUCAUGUAUUCAGGGGUCAUACUUCAACUAUUAGAUGUUUAGAUAUCAUUCAUCCAACUGUUAUCGGAAAAGAUGUGAAUGGUGAUGAUAUAAUUUUCCCAGAAUUUCCUUUAUUAGUAACUGGAUCAAGAGAUCACAAUAUCAAUGUUUGGAAAUUACCUAUUGCUAGUGAAGAUGAUGAAGACACUGACGAUACUAAUGAAGAAGGAAGAAUAUUUGAUAGUAAUGAACUUGAUAAUCCAUAUUUGAUUGCAGUUUUAUCUGGUCAUACCGAUUCUGUUCGUACUGUUUCAGGAUUUGGAAAUAUUAUAAUUUCUGGUUCUUAUGACUCUACAGUUAGAGUUUGGGAUUUAAUGAAAAAGGGUGAAUGUAAACAUACUUUAAUAGGUCACCUGAGUAGAGUUUAUUCCAUUGCUAUGGUGUUUGAUACCAAAACCUGUUUUUCAAGUUCAGUUGAUUCAAAUAUUAAUGUUUGGAAUUUUGAGACUGGGAAAUUAUUGAAAACAUUAGAAGGACAUUCAUCAUUAGUAGGAUUAUUGAACCUUAAAGAUGGAAUAUUGGUGUCUGCCGCUGCAGAUACCACAUUAAGAAUUUGGGAUCCUGUCACUGGAGAAACAUUAAAUAAAUUAAAAGGACACACUACUGCCAUAACUUGUUUUGAACAUGAUGGAUUUAGAGUUGUUAGUGGAAGUGAUAGAAUGUUGAAAUUAUGGAAUGUCAAAGAUGGUAAAUGUACACGACAAUUAUUAAAUGAUACUACAGUUAAUAUUUGGCAAGUUAGAAUUGAUUAUAAGAGAUGUGUUGCUGCUGUACAAAGAUUUGCUGAAGAUGAUGAGAAUGACAUUUUUAUUGAAAUUUUAGAUUUCAGUGAACCAUUUCACAAAGAUAAUUAAUGAUUAAUUCCUUUAACUUUCAUCAUAUUUUAAUGUUAUGUUAUGAUUACAUUUAUUGGUUGCUUAUCUUUAUGUUUAACCAUAAAGUAAAUUUCUUACGAUUAUAUAUUUUCUUUUCAAAUAAUUUUUUAUUAAUAUUAAUACAAAUAUUUUAU